UUUUUGAAACACGCGAUGUACUCAUGUAUAUGUCUGAUAUGCAAAGGAAUCUAGCAUCUUUGAGGAGUACUAAUUCACCUCUAUCUGAAGUAUUCAACAGUAAUACUAAAAGUACUAAAUAUCAAGCCGACAAUUCACUUGAUAUAUUGUGCGAAACCAUUAAUCGUGUGUCAGACAGCUCUAAAAUUGUAGAGGUUUCAAAUAACCAAGUAAAUCAACAGUUGUGUACUACCAUAAAUGAGUAUUCUAGCCUACCGGAAAAUUUGAAACUGAUUGUCAGUAAGGCAUUGGAAGCCUCCUAUCAAGAGAAUACCGAGAAUAUCACUCCAGAUGUUAAAAGACUGCUGUACAAGCCUUUGAAUAUGCGAACUGAUGUUUGUACUUGCAAGGUGAACGAUCCUUCAACCAGUGGUCAACAGUCUUCUUUAAUACCAUCAUGUGCUACAACCAGUCCCGAUUCAGGUUUGGGAUACGAACAACUGGGUAUACCUGGUCGAAAUGCUCGUCUAACAAGAACUACUCAUCAGUCGAUUAAAUUGAAUCCGAGACCUCUACUACGACAGAAAGAAUCAAUUCCAUUGAAUGCUUCAUUCCCUUUGACAAGUGACAUUAGCCUUACAGAUGUUGUGAAAAUGACGACUAGUCAAUCAGAACAACAAAUAUCUACUAUUUCCACAAAUACUACUCAUAGACCAAUGCAAGUGCAUAUGCGUUAUCCAAUCCCAAGGAAACAGGAUGCAAUCUACAAUGCUCGGUAUAAAACACAACCAUGCCUACAUUAUCAAAAAUAUAAACAUUGUCCAUUAGGAGAUAACUGUCAUUUUGCUCAUGGUCCAGAAGAAUUAAAAUAUCCUCAAUUUCAUCCAAAAUAUCGAACAAGAGUUUGUAUAAAUUAUGCUAAAACAGGAAAUUGUCCAUUCGGUAAAAAUUGUUAUUUUCUACAUAGCUUAACACAUUCAUCUACAUCAACAUCAUUGUCAACUCAACAACAGACUGGUAAUUAUAAUGGUAAGGGGACAGUUAAUUACUUCAUCAACGGUCAAACAAAGAGAAGUAAUAGUAGCAGCCAAUUAGAUACACUGGAAUUGUGCUCAAACUUUAGGCGAGUUACUAUUUGAUAUAUAAAUAUCAUUGUAAUAUCAUUUUUCCUUUGCUGAAAAUUCUCUUAUUAUUUUUUCAUUCAUCUUUUUAUGUAAUA